AUGGCCUCGGAAAAUUCUAUUGCAGCACUCGAGGCCCGAGUCGUGGCUGCCGAACGCCUGGCACAGCGUGCUUACGACCGUGGUGCGGUCGAGAAUGUCUUUAGCAAGUACAUGCACCUCCACAACGUAUUUGAGGAUGAACAGAUCAAACCGCUCUGGGUCAAGAAGGGCACUGAAGGAAUUCAUGCUCAGUACACCAAUGUGGGUGUAUACACGGACUAUGAUAGCGUCAUGGCCUAUCAUAGUGGACGUCCAUCACCGGCAGGCAAGCUGAUUCUCCAUGAAACCACAACCCCUCUCAUCGAGGUUGCAGAGGAUGGUGAAACAGCCAAAGGAUUCUGGCUCAUGGCGGGUGUUGAGAGCGGCUUGUCUGACCCAUCCAACGUCGGCGCUAUGCCCGAGUUUCUGUAUGAGCCCGAGGACAAGAACGUCGACGGAAAACGAGUUUGGACCCAUUGGGUGUGGUGCCAGUACGCCCUUGACUUCUUAAAGCAGGAUGGCGAGUGGAAGAUUUGGCACUUCCGCUGCCUGGAGGUGACUCGCGCUCCGUUCAGCGAGAACUGGAUUACGUUCGCCAAUAAGAACCAGAUCGCAUUUGAUAAGGACCUGGCCUAUUUUGGAAAGAACGGCAAGGCAGUUUUCAUGCCUACUCCGGAUGAAGCCGCGAAGAAGAUUGCUGAUGUCUACGGCCCAAACCGAGCUCGAAAGCUCGAUGUACCCCUUCCGUCCCCGUACAAGACGUUUGCGGACGUUGAAGAAUAUUGA